CCCCCCUCCCCCCUCUAUAGCAUGCCGGUCGGACUGAGGCGAAUAGCGAUCGUCCUGCCUCUGGCAUAUACAGGAGCAUGGCUGGGUUAUUACGCCUAUACCGACACCCUGCGCCGAGCUCACAUCCGGAGACGUCAACGAGAAUUCAACGAAACAAUAGCGGGACUUCCAAAUGGAGAGAUUGAUUACACCAAACCAGCAACGGAUAUCGAGAAGGAUGCGCUCAGGAAGAGAUUCGCCAGUCUUAAAUUUGCCGGACGUUAUUGGAAUCCGUACGUUGAAUGGAGAGAACAAGGUGCUUGGGAAUGGGCAUUCUGGAAGGUCAUUCUGUCUACAGUCACGUUGAAACUAUUCUAUAAUGGCGGUGUUCCAGACGAACGACCCAUACCCGACUUACCCAUCGAGCGACCUGACUUUGCUCAUUUAUUCGGCGUAUCGUCCGGCCGAUCUACCCCUCUGUCGCGUGAGGAGAAGGGUCUGGGGAUGACAAAGUCCAAAGUGGACUUGACAGACGAUCUGACCAUCACUUGGCUUGGCCAAUCUACUUCUUAUGUCACAAUGGACAAUCUAGGAAUAUUGACUGAUCCUGCGUUGUCCGAUCAACCGCUCAAUUCCAUGCUUGCGCCGCAUCGUUUGCGGCCGUCCCCAUGUACGCUGGAUGAGCUGCAAAAGGUGGAUGUGGUGUUGGUGUCCCAUAAUCACUUUGACCAUCUUGAUCCGGAGGCCAUCAAAACCCUUGGAGACAGCUGCGAGUGGAUUGUACCCGUCGGCGUUGGACCGUUUAUCCGCAAACAUGGAGUCACUCGCGUGAAAGAAUUAGACUGGUGGGAGGAGACAUCUCAUGUUUUGGAAACGAAGGACAAGGAUAUUUGCUCGUUCACAAUCACCUGCGUACCUCUGAUGCACUGGUCCGCUCGAUCACCCCUCGAUACCAACGCCACAAUGUGGUCCGGCUUCCAUAUCCGAUCUCACCCUCCUGACAACAGACCAUCACGCUCGUUCAUUCAUCUUGGCGAUACUGGUCAUUCUCCAACAUUGUUCUCCGCUAUCGGCCGAGUCCUAGGACCCAUAGAUCUCGCUGCUAUCCCUAUAGGUGCGUACGAGCCCCGGUGGCAUCUGCACCUGCAACACACCGAUCCUGAGGGAGCCGUCCGCAUGGCUAUGCAGUUGGGAGUCAAAAAGAGCAUAGGCGUACACUGGGGCACGUGGUUGAUGAGUGAUGAGGCGUACAAUCAACCGCCGAAAGAUCUGGAAAUUGCAAAGAGAAAGUUGAUGUUUCCAGUGGACAGGUUUAUAGUGACACCAGCUGGAAGGACAGUGACGAUCGAAGACUAGAGUAGAGUUGUCGUGUCUGAGCUUUCGGUAUGGGGGCGAUAUGUGGCCAAGGGAAAGGUCAUCGUGUCUCUCAUGGCCUUGACGGCGGUAUCUGCUCUCGCGCGCCACUGGCGUGGGCCACGAUCUCUAAGGAUGGGACGGCUAAGUGCAAGCAAUGGGCACUUUGCAGAACUCAUUUCAUCUAUCAUGCAGCAUCCUCAUCUCCACCCUUAUCACCAGAUUGCUCUCUCUCUCUCUCUC